AUGGCGAGACUUUCUGGAAGACAGCUGUGCCAAUAUCAUGAAGUGACUCGUUUCAAUGAGGAGACUGUGUUACCUGUGCAGCCUCAAUAUGGCGAGACUUUCUGGAAGACAGCUGUGCCAAUAUCAUGCGAGGACUUGUUCACAUAUGAACCCUUUCUUGCUUCAGCCCUGUACUCCAGUUCACCUGUUGGGAUGGUGAGCAGACAUAAAAGAGUGAGCAGCCUGACUCAUGAGAAUCUGCCGCAUCCUUCACAGCUGAUGAGUAGAAUGAGAAGAUAUCACCGACUACAGAAACACACACCAAGCGUUCUGCAACAUAUAGGAGAACUCAGGAUGAAACAGCGCCAUAUAAAUGAGCUGAAGGGGGACAAAUGGUGGGGUGCCACAGCCGUGCCCAGGCCGGAGGACAGCAGCGGCUCACCUGAGGGUGGAGAUGAGCAGCUUCUCGAUCCUGCAGCUGGUGUGAGCUUUAGUGCUAUGCUAAUGGACAAUCCUGAUGUGACCAUGACAAUGCCUUAUGAAGCUGCUCCCUCACCAAAUCUUCUGUGCUCAUUUACAGAAUAUGAGCAGUUUCAUGACCUUGCUCCAGGAGGGAACCCCAUGAUGGCGUUUGUUUCGGGAACAGCCCAUAGAUCGCUCUUGAUGGCUGAUAAUGUGUAUGAUCAUGACACCACUGUUCUGUCUUGGGCCGUAGGGCAGAGCAGAGGGGAGGGGCUUCAGGUAUCAGCUGAUACUGUAACAGUGGAGACUGAGGGUACCUACUUCAUUUACAGUCAGGUGCUGUAUAAAGACACCACCUGGGUAAUGGGUCAUGUGAUCAUGAAGAGGCACAAGGGGGCGGAGACUAAGCUGAUGAAGUGUUUAAAAAGCAUGCCCAGUAACGUCAGCCAGCCACUCAACACUUGCUAUACUGCUGGAAUUUACUUCCUGGAGUCUGGAUCCACUCUUCAGCUCUAUGUUCCCCGCAAAUCUGCAGAGCUCAUUCUGACAGCUCAUGCCACCUUCAUGGGCCUCUUCAACAUAUGACUCAG